GGUGCGAGUGCGGCUGGAACCGGACUGUACGCCCAGGACCGGGAGACCACAGCUACAACUGGACUGUACGCCCAGGACCGGGAGACCACAGCUACAACUGGACUGUACGCGCAGGACCGGGAGACCACAGCUACAACUGGACUGUACGCCCAGGACCGGGAGACCACAGCUACAACCGGACUGUACGCGCAGGACCGGGAGACCACAGCUACAACUGGACUGUACGCCCAGGACCGGGAGACCACAGCUACAACCGGACUGUACGCGCAGGACCGGGAGACCACAGCUACAACUGGACUGUACGCCCAGGACCGGGAGACCACAGCUACAACCGGACUGUACGCGCAGGACCGGGAGACCACAGCUACAACUGGACUGUACGCCCAGGACCGGGAGACCACAGCUACAACUGGACUGUACGCCCAGGACCGGGAGACCACAGCUACAACUAGACUGUACGCCCAGGACCGGGAGACCACAGCUACAACUGGACUGUACGCCCAGGACCGGGAGACCACAGCUACAACUGGACUGUACGCCCAGGACCGGGAGACCACAGCUACAACUGGACUGUACGCCCAGGACCGGGAGACCACAGCUGGAGCCGGACUGUACGCCCAGGACCGGGAGACCACAGCUGGGACCGGGACUGCUGAUCUCACGACCGGGGCGGCAAAGCUAUAGACUUGUGGCCGUACAGUACUCUUGGGACCGGGAAAUCUUACCUGGAAACAGAUUGUGUGCACCUGCGACUGGGAGAUCUUACCUGGAAACAGAUUGUGUGCACCUGAGACCAGGAGAUCUUACCUGGAAACAGAUUGUGUGCACCUGAGACCAGGAGAUUUCCCCUGGAGCCGGGGCAGCACAUCUGGACUGAGGGAGAUGCUGGCGUUGCUGCUCGUGGUUCUGCCGUUGAUUCUGGCAGCAGACAGGGACAUCCUCAACAUCUGCAUGGACGGAAAACACCACAAGACAAAGCCGGGCAUCGAGGGGAGUCUCUUUCGUCAGUGUGAGCCAUGGAGAGAGAACGCCUGUUGUACAGCCAACACCAGCAAAGAGGCACACAAUGACCAGUCCUUCCUCUACAGAUUCAACUGGAAUCACUGUUACAACAUGUCAGAGAGAUGCAAGAGGCACUUCAUCCAGGACAGCUGUCUGUACGAGUGCUCCCCCAACCUCGGCCCCUGGAUUCAGAAGGUCGAUCAGUCUUGGAGAAAGGAGCGAAUCCUGGAUGUUCCGAUCUGUAAGACUGACUGUGAGGAGUGGUGGCAGGACUGUCAAGAGGACUACACCUGCAAAUCCAACUGGCACAAGGGAUGGGACUGGUCCUCUGGCACCAACCAGUGUCCGAAAAACUCCAAGUGUCAGAAGUUUUCAGCAGUGUUCCCGACUCCCCGGGACCUCUGUGAGAAGGUGUGGAGCCACUCCUACAAGUACACCCCUCACGAUCGGGGGAGCGGGAAGUGUAUCGUCCUGUGGCUCAACGCGCGUACAAAGCGAAACCCCAACAAGGAGGUGGCGCGGUACUACGCUAUUCAGAAGGGGCUGAUAUCAGCUUCGAGAUCUGUCUCCUCCUGUCAUCUCAUCUUGCUGCCACUCCUCCUUGCUGGAGCCUUGUCCUAGCUCCCAGAACGAGCCGCAGGGAGGGACUGUGGACGGACUCUCCUCCUGGGGGCUUACUUUUGCACACCUGAGCUCCAGUGCACACGUGAUUUAACCAGCCUCGGUCUCCAGUCAGCUGCUUCAGACGGACAGCGUCCGAGCAGACGGCUGUGGACUCGGCAAACGUCUCCAGAAAGUCCCGAGGAACUUCAUGGUGGCUGGAGGGUCUUCACAGUGUGAUCACCAAUCAAAUGUAGAAAACACAACGGCCAAUCGGUGCACAGUGAGAUCCCACAGACAGACACUAUUGACCGUACAGUGUUGGUGGGGGUGAGUUUUCUGGGUGUUAGAGAGUAUCCCACUCUUUGUUUUUCCACGUGGUGACUGUGAGAUUGAUUCCAGAGGAACGAUGUUCCUCGGUUUCAUAGAUCAGUACAGUCCCUUCAGCCCACAAUGUUGUGCCAACCCUUCAACCUACUCCAAAUCACACCAACCAUUCCCUACUAUAUAACUCUCCAUCUUGCUCACAUCCAUGUGUCUGAGAGUCUCUUCAGUGCCCCUAAUGUAUCUGCCUGUACCACCGCCCCUGGCAGGGAGUUCUCUGCACCCUCCCAACGAUCCGGGUUCUAUUCUCUUCUCUGUCUGUAAGGAAUUUGUAUGGUCUCCCUGUGAUUCCGUCACUUUUCUCCAGGUGCUCCAGUUUCCUUCCAUAUUCCAAAGUCGUACGAGUUAGCAGGUUAACUGAUCACAUAGGUGUGAUUAGGACCAUAAGACACGAGCAGAAUUAGGCCAUUCAGCCCAUCGAUUCCGCUCCACCAUUCCAACAUGGCUGAUGGCUGAUCCCAGAUCCCACUCAGCCCCAUACAUCUGUCUUCUUGCCAUAUCCCUAGAUGCCCCGACUGAUAAGGAAAUAAUCAACUUCCACCUUAAAUAUACGCGUGUACUUGGCCUCCGGCCGGCUGGUGGCAUAGUGACAUCAGUGCCGGACUUUGGAGUGAAGGCUCCCGAGUUUGAAUCCAGCCAGCUCCCUUGCACCCUUUCCAUCUGUGCUGGGUUGAGCGUCGAGCUAGCAACUCGGCUUCGUAAAAAUAAGAAAGCCUGCGAGAAAAACGCUGUCACGACGGCGUCCUGAUGACUCCACUCGGAGUUAAGGGCUUUCUUCUUCUUGGCCCUCAAUCACAGUCUGUGGCAGAGCAUUUCACAGAUUCCCUAAAGAAAAAUUCCUCCUUACCUCUGUUCUGAAGGGUUGCCCCUCUAGGUCUGGCUACCCCCACCCUAUCCAGUCCUUUCAACAUUCAGUGUGUUUCAGUGAGUUGGGUGGCACAGGCUCGUUGGAACAACGUUGUAGGUCAAAGGGCCUGUAUGUCUAAAUAAAAACCAUCGAGCACAGAACAAAGACCGUUACAGCACAGCACAGGCUCUUUGGCCCUCAAUGUCGUUCCGGCCUUUCAAUCUACCCCUUCCUUCCCACAUAACUCUCCAUCUCCCUUUCAUUCAUGUGCCUAUCUGUUGAAUGGCCCUAAUGAUUCUGCCUCAACCACCAUCCCGGCUGUACGUUCUGCACACUCACCACCCUCUGUGUAAAAUCUAACAAUCUCUGACACCCCCCCAUAUACAUUUCUAAAUCACCUUCAAACCCUUACAAACAUUCAAGCCCUUUGUAUUAGCCAUUUCCACCCUAGAGAAAUGCCUCUGCUGUCCACUCAAUCUAUGCCUCAUCAUCGUGUUUCUCUUGGUCGAGUCACUCUCAUCCUCCUUUGCUCCAAAGACAAGAGUCUGAGCUUGCUCAACCUAUUCUCCACAGACACGCUUUCUAAUCCAGACAGCAUUUUCCUGUACCCUCUCUAAAGAUUUCGAUCUCCUUCUCCUCCUGCUCCAGCUGUGCCACCCUCCCUCAGCACUACCCCUCCAGUGUUCUCCUCUAUGCCUCAGACACUCAGCACAGGUUGGGUAGCGACCUUGUGGAGUGUCUGCGUUCUCUCUGCACAAACAACCUUCAGCUCUAUUCCCCCACUGAGCUGCGUCUGCCUCCCCCAUCGUACCAACCAAGCCCAACACGGGCGCGAGGAUCACCUUUGGCCUGGAUGCCCGACGGCCCUUGAGACUCAAUAAGUGAAGUCAGUGGUCUCAGACACCUGCAUCAGCAGUGGCAAUGUCCGGUUGAGGAGCAGGUGACGCUGGUGUGUUGUGCCAUCACUCUGGAAGGGGGUGGAGAUGCAAUCUGUGUUUAGUGACCUUUCAUUGAGGCUGGGGUAUUGUCUGCCUGGGUUUAGGCCCUGUAUUUCCCCAUAGUUGCUACUUGAUCUGCUGAGUGCUUCUGGAUUUUGUUUAAGAUUUCUUAGCUUCUGCAGGUUCCUCGCCCGUUCCUAGUUCUGGUAAAACUCCAUAAGACAUAGAAGUAGAUUUGAAUCUGGUUCCACCAUUCCAUCAUGUCUGAUCUAUUAUUCCUCUCAACCCCAUUCUCCUGCCUUCUCCCUGUGUCCUUUGAUGCCCUGACUAAUCAAGAACCUAUCAACCUCCACUUUAAAUAUACUCAAUGACUUGGUCAUCUGUGGCAAUAAAUUCCAUUUGUACUUCCAUAAAGUACAAAUCUUAUUAAAAGGUAUCGUUUAAAAAGUGUUCUCCAACAACAGUUCAGGAUUGGCAGGGAAGGGGGCAGAAGCCAGAAUAAGAUGGGAGUGGGGAAGUACGAACUGCCAGGUGAGAGGGAAGCUGGAUGGGUGGGGGAAGGGGAUGAAUUAAGAAGCCGGGAGGUGAUAGGUGGAAUAGGUAAAGAGCUGAAGAAGAAUGAAUCUGAUAGGAGAGGAGAGUGGACCAUGGGAGAGAGGGAAGGAGGGGGGGAAGCAGAGGGAGAUGAUGGGCAGGUGAAGAGAAGGGAUGUGAGGAGAAUCAGAAAGUGGAAUAGAAAAAGAUAGAAUGGGGAGCAAUGAAUACAUUAUCUGAAGUUAGAGAUGGUAUGGCCAGGAUGGUGGUAGCGACAGAUACAUUAGGGGCAUGUAAGCGACUCUUGGAUAGGCAUGUGGAUGAUAGAAUAAUGGAGGCGAUGUGGGAGGGAAAGGUUAGAUUGAUCUUGCGGUAGGUUAAAAUGUUGGCACAACAUUGUAGGCCGAAGGGCCUCCACUAUUCUUUGUUCUAAUUCUCCAACCACAGAAACUAGCUCCUUGCUUCACAGAUGAUGCCUAAGCCAGCGAGAUUUUUUUAGUUAUACAGUGAGGAGUAGGCCCCAAAUCACAAACAAGAGAAAAUCUGCAAGGUGCUGUAAAUCCCAGCAACACCCAUAAGUGCUGGGGGAGCUCAGCAGGCCAAGUGGCAUCUAUGGAAAAGAGUACAGUUGAUGUUUUGGGCCGAGACCCUUCAAGCUACGCUGACCCCACAACCCCCGACUAACCUAACCACUGGACAGCCUAUGAUGACCAAUUACCCUACCGGACAUGUCUUUGGACUAUGGGAGGACACCAGAGCACCCAGAGGAAACCCACACAUUCACAGGGAGGACUUAGAGAGGCUUCUCACAGAACGGAGCUGGAAUUGAGCUCCAAACUGUGCCCCCUCUGAACUGAACUCCAAACUCAGCGAUGCACUGAGCUGUAAUCGUGUCGCGCCAACUGCUCGCUUCCGUGGCACAUUCUGUUUCUAUUUGCGUGAAAUAUUUGGUUGACAUUUUGCUCUUAGUGGGAUCUUGCUGUGUACAGAUUGUUUGAGGUAUUCCCUGUAUUUCUGCCACAACUACGUUUCGCAGUCCUCCGUUUGCUGUGUGGUGCUUUGGGAAUUCUGAGCCGGGGAAAGUGUCCGUGGAAAACAGGCAGUUUGUGUGAUAAUCGCUGUUUACAUUGGUGUUUUUUUGAUCUCUUGCGUCAAGACUGUAACUGCCAGAUCUUGUUUGGGACUGUGGUGUUACAGGUGUGCUGGUUAUUCACGGUAAAUGCAGACCCAUAAUUCAGAUCCAGGGACGGAUGGGAACCGGUGGGUUUGGGAGGGUCUGUCGGAGUAGCCCGGGUGAGUUACCGUGGUGCGUUUUGUUGACGGUGCACAUUGUGCGCCGGUGGCGGAUGGGAUGCCAAUCGAGCGGGCUGCUUUGUCCUGGACAGUGUCGGACUACUCGAGAGUUGCUGGAGUCACCUCCCCAGACCAGCGGAGAAUCCAUCACACUCCUGACCUGAGCCUUGUGGGCUCGGGGGUGGGGGUGGGGGGCUCGGCUAGCGGUUAGCGUAAGGCCUUACAACGCGAGCAACCCGGGUUCAAUUCCUGCCGCUGGCUGUGAGGAGCUUGUACAUUCUCCCCGUGACCCUGUGGGUUUCCUCCCGCGUUCCAAAAACGUACGGCGUAGGGUCUGUAAGUUGCCGACUGCCCCCAGCACGUCCUUGACUGUGUUGGUCAUUGAUGGAAGCCUCAUAUCAAAUCAAAUUCAAAUUUAGUUACCAUUCAACCGUACAUGAAUACGGCCGCACGAAACAGCGUGGGGCCAGGGUGCAAAACAUAAGACAACACAUUCAAAAUAGCGAGCAAAAAACAAACAAAUGUAGUCCCCGACCCUGAGCAACAUGUCCUGCAAAUUGAUUGCACAGAUUACCCGCGGUGUGCAGCCGCGGUACCCAGCCUGUCAUUCUGCUGAUUGAACACUAGUGGGCAGCAUGCUGUGCCACUGUAUGAAUUUCACUGUACAGGUGACCAAUUAACUGAGCUUUAAUCUUUAGAUAGUGGAUGGGCUUUGGGAAGCUGCUUAUUCCGACAUCCGUUUCUUUAAAAUGCUGCAUAAUAUGAAUAAUAUUUGAUGGAAGUAUUUUAAUAUUUUCAGACCAUUUAAUACAACCUCUAACAUAUUAACACUCCCACCCAUUGCCAGUAAGUGCCAAAAUUCUUUUUUGUGAUGAACAAUGUCUUUACAUUUUGCUUUCUAACUGUCGCUUUUGCUCUCAAACGCGACUGAAAUGAUUAAGAAAUAAAUGGUUUCUUGAACAGCA